AUUCGGUGAGCGGCAGGCUGGGCAGAGGGGAGAAGAGGAGGCCAGGAGUAUUGCAUCUACCCUGGACAAACCAAAGAAUUCUAGCCCAUAAGCAACCUGGGCCACAAGUCCGCUAAAUCCUGACCCAUGCCUUCAGUCAGCCAGGUGUCGUCAGCCCGUCAUUUCCCGCAAUCGAUGGUGGUAGCUCGAGCUUGCCUGACAGAGCAGGCGGAAAAUCAACAAUGGCGCUCCGGAUGAUGCCAUUCACGUCACUCAGGCCACCCAGGCCACCCAGACCUCCUUCCUUGCUGGUUACGGCCCACCGGCAGACGCGAGUCGGGUCGCAGCCGCGCGUCGUUUGAGCUUGCAUGGAACCGCAGGCUUGGGAGGACAGGCUCGAUAAGAUUCGUGGGGCUCUCGGUCAUGGAAGCGGGACUGCCUGGCGGACGGACCUGGAUACUCCUUUUGGGGCCUUGUCUUGGGCGGGACCGACGACGGGGAAACGCCAGUCUCGGGCGACUCGACUUGUGGAAAAACCACGGGCGUUCCAUUGAUGGGCGGGCGAAAAAAACAUGUCUAGACGGACCAGGAACUGCCUGGACUUUCUCAGAACUGCGUCUGCCUUCCAGGAACUGCCUGCCACCUACGCGGCCAUGCAAUAUCGCCUCCGGAAAGGGGCCCGGCCCCACGGAAUGGAAUGCAUCUCUGGCGGCGAAGCCGGCAUCUGGUGCUAUAGCCCCCCCCGCAACCGUCAUAUUGCCCACUACCACCAGCCUGCCCGACGUCGCAUUUCGCCAAGGAGAGGCAUCGCGCCGAGUAGUAGGUAGCGUCACGACCCUGGACGUCGUCUGGUCGGUGCUGUGUAAUGCCCCUGGUACCUCCCGCUUGGUACGUACCUACCGGUCAGGUAACCCUCCAUGUGAGCUGGGCUUGCAACCGAGGGCUCGCAAUCCCUGAUCGGCGUCGGGGUUGCGCCGGCCGGCUGCUUCGGGCAAGCGAGCGGCGGGAUAUAAAGGCGUCAUGGUCGCAUCCCACACCCUCCAACUCACCACCCUUCACGCGCACGCGGCAGCAGGCACCCUUACCCACCCAUCGUCACUCUUUGCUGUCUAUAUCUCCCCUCGCCCGGCCCUGUCCUUCUUGGAGAGAUCCCUCUAGCUGCCCGUCGCACCGUCCGUCCUGUCUAAAAAAAAAAAAAUGCGCUCGUCCACCGUCCUCGCGGCCGUUGCGGCCUCGACCGGUGCCCUCGCGGCCCGGCCCUUCCUCGAGGAGCCCGACACGGGCAUUCUGGACGUCCUGGGUAACCUGCCCGUCGGCUCGCUGCCCAAGCUGACCGACAUGGUGGCGCUCAACGACUUCCAGUGGGCGGCCAGGAACUACCUGCCGCGCCUCAACUACACCUACUACCGUAACGGCGCCGGCGGCGAGUACUCGUACCGCAACAACCUCGAGGUCUACAACCGCUACAGGCUGCGGCCCAAGACCAUGGUUGACAUAACCAAGGUCGAGUCGAGCUUGCCAACCACCAUCCUCGGCCGCAACUUCUCCUCCCCCUUCUUCAUCUCCCCCUGCGCCCGCGCCGACUACGGCCACCCGGACGCGGAGCUGAACAUCAUGCGCGCCGCCUCCAAGGCCAACAUCCUGUACAUCCCGUCGUCCUUCUCCACUGUGCCGCUCGAGCAGAUCGCGGCGGCCAGGCAGCCCGAGACGUACGAGUUCUUCAACCAGGUCUACACCAACGACAACGACACCAGCAACAAGAUCCUGUUCGAGCGCGCCGAGAAGUCGGGCUCCAAGGCCGUCGUGUGGGCCAUCGACUCGCCCGGCUCGCCGUCGCGCCAGCGCGCCGCCCGCUUCAGCGUCGGGUCCGCCAACAGCAAGUACAUCACCAACACGUGGGAGGUGCUCGACAAGUUCCGCAACAUGACCAAGCUGCCCAUCAUCCUCAAGGGCAUCUCGACCGUCCAGGACGCGCGCCUGGCCGUCCAGCACGGCGUCCCCGCCAUCAUCCUGUCCAACCACGGCGGCCGCAACCUCGACGGCAGCCCGUCGAGCCUCGAGACGGCCAUCGAGAUCCACCGCGAGGCGCCCGAGAUCUUUGGCCAGAUCGAGAUCCUGGCCGACGGCGGCGUGCGCUACGGCACCGACGCCCUGCGCCUGCUGGCCCUGGGCGUCAAGGCCGUCGGCAUCGGCCGCCCCGUCAUGUUCGCCAACGUCUUUGGCCAGGAGGGCGUCGAGCGCGCCCUCGGCCUGUUCCGCAGCGAGGUCAUGAACGACGCCGCCAACCUGGGCGUGCCCGACAUCAAGAAGAUCACGCCCGACUUCGUCGAGUGGACGCCCAACAACUGGUUCAGCUAGACGGCGCCGUGUUGGGGAGAUCAUGUCAUCGGUCGCCCAUGUUGGACAUGUCCGGCACGAGAAGGCGGCCAGCAAGGCCCAGUAAAUUUCGGGCAUUCUUUGUAAAUACUUCAAUGGCCUGACUGUUAUGUGCGCAAGAUACCUUUUAGACCAACCUUUGAGUUUGUGGACUUUCCCCGAAGCGAACCCAUGUCUUGUUCAAGUGAUGUUGCUUGUCGUCGCUAUUUGGGGACAAAAGCCCACAGUCACACAAUCCACCACAAUCCAAAUCGGGAUGCACAAGGAAGAAGAAACCACGCCAUUUUCAAAAUAAAGGAAGACUGCUAGUGACAAUCCUGUCGCCAGCCAUUAUUGACCUAGGCGGCCCCGGAGGCUUCCUUGAACAGCGAACGAGCGAU